UGUGGGCCCAAUGUUGGUGGUAUUGGUGGCGCACCCAGACGAUGUGCAGCACAUCCUGCUGACGUCAAAGCUGGUAGACCGUGGUGCCAUCUGCACCAAUGCCAUGCGGAUGUUCGGCGGCGACGGGUUAGUCACCAUCGAUGCCAGCCGGUGGAAGGUGCACCGGAAACUCAUAAACCCGACGUUCCACUCUGAGAUUCUGAAGGGAUUUCUGGAGGCUUUCCACGAUGGUGGUCUCUUCGUGUGCGAGCGGCUCGCCAGGACCAGAGGUGCAGCUACUGAGGUUCACCCUCCAAUGUUGCUGGCAACCAUCCGCAACUUCAUCAGCACUAUCAUCGGCGUGAACCCUGACCUUCUCAUGCCAGACGCCUUAGCAGAGGAGGAGCUCUCUGCUACAAUGAGCUAUGCUGUGAGCAUUGUGCAGAAGAUGGUAUUCCGGCCAUGGAUGCAGAGCAAGUUCCUGCUGCAGCUCACCUCCAAAGGACGUGGUCUGCUCAGGUUCGUGAAAAUGCUGAACAACUUUCCGCUGAAGUGCAUCGCCAUCAGGUCGGCAGCCACAGAGGACGGACCUACCAAGACACGCCAGAGCCUGCUGGAAGCUCUGAUCAAGCCAGGCGGGCAGACUGCGGUACCACUCGACGAGGUUCAGGGCGAACUCAUGAAUCUGCUGAUGGCCGGCACGGAGACGACGGCUGUGACUAUCAGCUAUGUUCUGCCACUGCUCGCCCUCCACCCUGAGUGGCAGGAUGCAGCCCACCAGGAGCUGAAGGACGUCUUCGGCGAGGGUGACGACUACCUGCGGGCCCCCAGCCUUGCAGACCUAGGCAGACUCAGGGCGCUGGAAAGUAUCAUCAAGGAGACACUGCGAUUGUUCCCAACCGUCCCGAUGCUUCCUCGGGUGGCCACAGAAGACAUCUGGCUGUCUGGAGGCUCUGCAGAGCGGGUGUCAGUUCCUAAGGGUACCCUGCUUUUUGUGCUACCCUUCCUCACACACCGCCUGCCGCAGUUCUUCCAGGACCCACAGCGGUUCGACCCUUCGCGCUUCCUGGAGGACCGUGUCGGCAAGGAACAUGCGUGCAGCUACCUGCCAUUUGGGUUGGGCGCGCGCAACUGCGUGGGCUCUCAGUACGCCAGCCUGCAGCUCAAAGUCUACCUGGCAGACAUACUGAGGCGCUUCCGUUUCCUGCCAUGUAACCGUCGCGAGGACCUGGAGGACAGUGCGCUCUCCUUCAGCCUCAGCCCCAUCAAGCCAUUCAGAGUGUCGUGCGUACCCGUGGAUGGUCCUAAGGCAUAG